UCCAAAUUUAUAAAUAAAAUUCGAAGCAUUUGCAUCUACGAUUUUCAGUUUGCUUUUAGAAAGUGCAUCCCUUUUGGCUUUUUGGGAACAAUUUUGUAAUUUGCGAUAACGGCACAGAUAUUGGAAAUCUGAUCUGGAACACCACAAAACUGCGAUUUAACAUGCUAGUGUCAAAGCAGCGCUGCAUCCACGAAUUCGGCAGUAUUGCGCUUUUUGCGGCUGUCAUCCGAUGGAUAAUUUCUCUUCAUCCGUACUCAGGGCAAGGUAAACCGCCCUUGCACGGAGAUUUCGAGGCGCAGAGGCACUGGAUGGAAAUUACCUACAAUCUGCCUGCUGCGGAAUGGUACCAUAACACAAGCAACAACGAUCUGAAUUACUGGGGUUUGGAUUACCCACCAUUAACGGCUUAUCACAGCUGGAUAUGUGGCUUUAUCGCCAGCUUAAUUAAUCCUUCAUGGGUGGCACUACCGGAAUCUCGGGGAAUCGAAACGGAAUCCCAUAAGUUGUUUAUGCGCACAACCGCUAUCGUAGCCGACAUUCUGAUAUAUUUUCCGGCUAUAUUCGCCCUUGUAUACCAGAGGCGCACCGUGCACGGUGGAUUUCCGUACAUUCUUCGUAUUUGCGCGGAAGCCUGUGUGGCACUUUUAGCACCUCCACAGAUUUUAAUUGACCACGGACAUUUCCAGUAUAACUGCAUUAGCUUGGGUUUAACCGCUUGGGCGAUUUUCGCCAUCAACCGUCGUCAGGAUGUCGUGGCUGCCGUUCUGUUUUCGUUGGCCUUGAACUAUAAACAGAUGUGUCUAUAUUUGGCAUUUCCAUUUUUCUUUUACCUUUUGGGAAAAUGUUGGCAGCUUCCUCUGGGCAACGGGUUGAGAAAACUGGCGGCGAUUGGAUCAGCAGUAAUAGUCACUUUCAUCGUAUGCUGGCUUCCGUUUCUCACCUCCUUGAACGAUGCUGGCCAAGUGUUGCAUCGGCUGUUUCCCUUUGCGCGAGGAAUAUUCGAAGACAAGGUGGCCAAUAUUUGGUGUGCUCUGAACAUCCUUAUCAAAUUGCGGUCGUGGAAUAUUAGCACUCUGGCUACCGCGAGCUCCAUAAUCACUUUGGCCUUGUGUUCCAUUUCCUGCUGCGACCUUUUCCGAAAACCAAAUGAGCAGAAAUUCAAGUACUGCUUGUUGAACUGUGGACUUCUGUUCUUCCUGUUCUCGUUCCAAGUCCAUGAAAAGGGAAUUUUGUUGGCAGCACUGCCGGCAACUUUGCUGCUGUCGGACGAUGGAUUAGCGUGUACAUGGUUCAUUGCGGCAGCGACCUUUAGCAUGUUUCCCCUUUUGCUGAAAGAUGGUUUAGCCAUUCCUUGUUUUGCUACAGUGAUAUUGUUUAUGGCCUUCAGCUAUGCAUUUAUUCUCUGGAAGUUCAAGGAGCCGGAAGAUAGGGAUCGCGAUGAGACGGAAGCAAUCCAGUAUGAUUUAUUUACGGCUCUAAUGGUAUUGUCUCUGUCCGGAUUUGCUGGUUUAUCGCUAGCAUGUGAAUUCGCACCAGUUUAUCCUCGGCUGCCCGAUCUCUGGCCACUCUUGCUCAGUGUGUAUGCUUGUGGACAUUUUAUAUUGUUUGCCAUCUAUUUCCAUCUUCGUCAGUUUUCGGCUGAGCCUUUGAAAGUUGGAAGGAAGCUUGCCAAAAAAGAAUAGAUGGACUGUAAAAUUAAUUUAUAUAAUUUUCGCAUGUUCGCAAGUUGUGUACUUCUGCUGAUAUUUAGGAACGCACCUGAGAGAGAAUUAACUUGGAGUAUUGGAAACAGUUUUAUUAGUUUGUUUUUAAGUUGUAACAGAUUUUAAUCGUUUGAAUGUUAUCGUUGCAAGUAUGCCAUUGUGUUAAUGCGAAUCGUGUUGGCGGAAACAGUUAGACGAAUGGGAUAUGACAUGUUGUUGUUCUUACUUGUCAAUUAAAAUCACAAUCAUAAA